GGGCGCUCUCUCAGUUUUUGGUCAGACAGUGAAGGGGAAUAGCUGGAGAGACACAGAGGUUUCGAGAUCUGAUUUCUUUCUUCCUUCAGAGGACCUUACUGAAGGGCAGUCAUGCGCCUGAUAGGGUCCACUGUCCUUUUCUCUGUCCUGCUGCAGGCAAUGUCUGCCCCGACAGAGGAUUGGCAGACGGCCACGUCUAUUUAUGACUUCUCAGCGACAGAUAUUGAUGGCAACAUGGUUUCCCUAGAAAAAUACAGGGGGGAUGUUGUCAUCAUCACCAAUGUUGCCUCUAAAUGAGGCAAAACCCCAGUAAACUACUCUCAGUUUGCUCAGAUGCACGCUACGUACGCUGAGAGAGGUUUACGCAUCCUUGCCUUCCCUUCUAACCAGUUUGGGAACCAGGAGCCUGGCAAUGAGGGUCAGAUCAAGCAGUUUGCCCAGUCUUACAACGCUCAGUUCGACAUGUUCAGUAAGAUUGAUGUGAAUGGUGGCAAUGCUCAUCCUCUGUGGAAAUGGCUGAAGUCGCAGCCCAAUGGGAGAGGCCUCUUUGGAAAUAGUAUCAAGUGGAACUUCACUAAGUUUCUGAUCAACAGAGAGGGGCAGGUGGUGAAGAGAUACGGACCCUUGGACGAUCCAAGUGUGGUGGAGAAAGAUCUUCCCCGCUACUUAUAAUCCCUUAAUAAAUGACUGAUACCUCACUUACUGAUACUGAGCCCAUCUAUAGCCUGUUUCCCUCCUUUCUCUGCCUCUCCAAGCAUCAGUGGAUAUAUGUUUUGGGUCCACCCCAGACCAGUGACGGUCAGCUCAUAAACCCGCAUGGCGGAUAGGGCUGACCUGAUGAAAAAUGGCGUGCAAACCUCCUGGGAGGAUUACCAAGCUUAUGUUCAUGUAGUUCACUGGAGAGAAGGAGAAAUGGAUGCCAAAACAACAUUAGUCAUCAUAAGUCUUUGAUUAAUGUGUAGCAUUGUUUUCAUAAUUAAAAGCACUGAUUCUAAUGAUA